AACCAGUGAUUAUCAAGUUGGGUUGAUAAUUUCUUGUCGUGUUCAUUUUCGCAAAGAUGGCGAGCGUCGAAGACACUUCCGCGGUGACGCGCGAACAGUGGGAAACGGAACAAUUGGAGCUCAAGCAGCAGUUGAUGGAGACAGAUGUGGUGCUGUGGCAGCUUCAGUCUGAUACUGACUGUGCCACUCCAAGUGACGAGACCAGCAGUUGUAAAUUACUGAGGAGAGUAGCUGGCGUGGACAUCAGCUUCCUCAAAGGCUCGGACGAGCACGCGUGCGCUUCAAUCGUGGUGCUCGACUUCCCGUCACUGACAGUACUGUACGAGGCCUUCACCUACGUAUCCCUACCAGCCCCGUACAUUGCCGGCUUCUUGGCAUUUCGAGAGGUACCAGCGCUCACAAAGCUGUACGAUGAUCUCCGCCGACGCCGUCCAGAUCUGCUGCCUGAUGUGACACUGGUGGACGGUAACGGUAUCUUGCAUCCCCAAGGCUUCGGUCUGGCCUCUCACUUUGGUGUACUCGAGAAUAUCCCAACCAUUGGUGUGGGCAAGACAUUUCUCCAUGUCGACGGUCUCACCAAGCCCGAUGUGAAAGGCCUGAUGGCCAAAGCGCGAGAAGAAGACCGCGAUCUCGUCAAGCUCACUGGGAAAUCCGGCAAAAUUUGGGGAGCUGCGCUGUGCGGCACAGCUGGCGUCAAGAAUCCCGUGUACGUGUCGGUGGGGCAUAUGCUGUCUCUGGAUACGAGCGUCGCCAUCGCCCAAGCUUGUUCGCAGUACCGUGUGCCUGAGCCAAUUCGCCAGGCCGACCUGCGUUCUCGAGAAGUGAUUCGAAAGUGGGAAAACGCAGGAACUGUCGAUAUUACACUCGACAUGUACCAUGCGUAUCCACCUUCCGGCGCAUAGUAUCAAAUUGGAGCAUGUCUAUCUUCCUGAAGACAUUUCUAAUUUGCACUGGUGGUGACUUGCAUGCAAGUUAUCCAAAGGAAUGUUUGUCAUUUCUCAAGGCGAAUUCUACAAUAAAUUAGCUCGUUCUUUAUUGCGUUAAAA